GGGUUCCUUAUCCUCCUUUACUGCAAUUCUUUCUUCUUCUUCUUCGUUUUCCUUUGUUCUUCCCUCUAUAUAGAUCUUCAAUUCUUCAUCCUUCUCUUCAAUCCUUAAAGCUAUGCCGUCCACCGCCAUUUUCUCUCCUUCCUGUUCAUCCUCCGCCCCUUUUACUCCCUUCGCGUUUUCGCCUUCUUCUUCUUCUUCUUCUUCCAAGGCGUUUUUAGCUGUUACUACCCGCAAGCCAUUUGGUUCCCAUUUCGCUAAUUUGAAGAAGAAAUCUCUGUUCUCCAGACAGAAUUUCACCAUGGCUGUUUCAAUCGAGAAGGAAACCCCCAUCGCCGUCCGUCCCGAUACGUUCCUUACGGAAUACGAUGAGGCCACGGGAGGCAUCUCUUCCGGCUCCUCGUCGAUUAGGGCUCGCUUCGAGAAGAUGAUUAGGGAUGCUCAGGACAGUGUUUGCAAGGCCAUUGAGGAAGCGGAUGGUGGGGGGAAGUUUAAGGAGGAUGUUUGGUCUAGACCUGGUGGUGGCGGCGGUAUCAGUAGGGUUCUUCAGGAUGGUGCUGUGUGGGAGAAGGCUGGCGUUAAUGUCUCGGUUGUGUAUGGAGUUAUGCCCCCUGAUGCUUACAGAGCUGCCAAAGCUGCUGCUGGGGAUCACAAGCCUGGGCCUAUUCCUUUCUUUGCCGCCGGCAUUAGCUCAGUUUUACAUCCUAAGAACCCAUUUGCACCAACUUUGCAUUUCAACUACAGAUAUUUCGAGACUGAUGCUCCUAAAGAUGUUCCUGGUGCACCUAGGCAAUGGUGGUUUGGUGGUGGGACUGAUUUAACUCCUUCUUACAUCUUUGAGGAAGAUGUCAAGCAUUUCCAUUCGGUACAAAAAAAUGCUUGUGACAAAUUUGAUCCAUCCUUCUAUCCUCGAUUCAAAAAAUGGUGUGAUGACUACUUCUACAUCAAGCACCGAGGCGAAAGACGAGGACUUGGAGGAAUAUUUUUUGAUGAUCUAAAUGACUACGAUCAGGAGAUGCUUCUAUCAUUUGCCACCGAGUGUGCCAAUUCUGUGGUUUCUGCGUACAUACCCAUUAUAGAGAGAAGAAAGGAUACCCCAUUUACUGAACAGAACAAAGCAUGGCAACAACUGCGCAGGGGCCGCUAUGUCGAAUUCAACUUGGUUUACGAUCGAGGUACUACAUUUGGACUGAAAACAGGAGGUCGGAUUGAAAGUAUUUUGGUUUCUCUUCCUCUAACAGCUAGAUGGGAAUAUGACCAUAAACCAGAAGAGGGAAGUGAAGAAUGGAAAUUACUGGAUGCAUGCAUCAACCCCAAAGAAUGGAUCUAAUAUUUGCUUUUAAGUAAGUUCUAAAUAUGUAGGUUCAGAUGAGCAAUAUGAGGUUCUUGAAGAGGAAGAGGUCCUAAUCCGCGGCUUCUUUGCUCACUCACUCCCUCCCUUCCCUCGUUUUGGUUGUGUAUUUUUGUGUUCCUUUUGAUUGAAAUGUAACAUUUCCAGAUUAGCUUGUUCUUGUGUUUGGAAUAAAUUAGCUUGUUCAUGGCCCGGUA